CAGGAAGGAGACCUCAGCAGCCAGGCAGUGGGACAGACAGAGAGAUGCUAACAGUCUAACAGAAGCUCCUCACAUCUCUUCGACACCCCAGCACCAGAGGACCACAGCUGCUCCUAAAGGCUUUCAUACCUGAAGACACAUCCAGACACCUCGUCUACUUCGCCAUCAUCAAAUCGGCAGCACAAAGGUCCCUUCUCUCCGACCAGUCAGCUGUACAUGGAGACCCCCAGUUGGGCAGAAACCAAGCCAGGAAGUGGUCUGUGCAAACCAGGAACCAUUGCUCUGUUUGGUAACGUGGUGUACAGCGGGCUGCUCAACGAGCACUUCUGGCACUUCGGGGUUCCCCUCGUCACCAGACUGGGCAACCAAGAGGCCCCAGCUCCCCCUGAAGCCAUGGCCCAACCCUUCCCACCGGCCCAGUACCCCCCUCCCCCACAGAACGGGAUCCCAGCCGAGUACGCCACGCCCCACGCCCACCCACCGGCCGACUACACGGGACCAAGCUCGGUGGCCGAGCACGCCCUGACGCUGUACACGCCGACACACACGCAGAGCGAACAGCCGGGAAAUGACAGCAACACCCCCGCCCUCACAGCCAACACAGUAUCGCAGGCAGAGGAGGUUGCACAGACGGAGGGCUCCCAGCAGCUCCACCUGCAGCCCAGCGAUUCGUCGGAGAAGCAGCAGCCCAAGAGGUUACACGUCUCCAACAUCCCUUUCCGCUUCCGAGACCCUGACCUCCGGCAAAUGUUUGGGCAAUUUGGCAAGAUUUUAGACGUGGAGAUUAUUUUUAACGAGCGAGGCUCCAAGGUCAACAACGCCACAGCCAGAGUAAUGACCAAUAAAAAGGUGGCAAACCCUUACACAAACGGCUGGAAGCUGAAUCCAGUUGUUGGAGCCGUAUAUGGUCCUGAGUUUUAUGCAGUGACUGGGUUUCCGUACCCGAGUACAGGAGCAGCCGUGGCCUACAGAGGGGCUCAUUUGAGAGGGAGGGGCCGCGCAGUCUACAACACGUUCCGUGCCGCACCUCCUCCCCCACCUAUCCCUGCCUACGGAGCUGUGGUCUACCAGGAUGGCUUCUAUGGAGCAGAAAUAUAUGGAGGGUAUGCAGCUUACAGAUAUGCCCAGCCUGCUGGUACCACUGCAGCCGCAUACAGCGACAGUUAUGGCAGAGUCUAUGCAACAGCAGACCCAUAUCACCAUACGAUUGGUCCUGCAGCCACAUACAGCGUGGGCACUAUGGCUAGCCUUUACAGAGGAGGGUGCAGUCGCUUCACUCCCUACUAGAAAAGAGGGAGACACCCCCCACUCCCCCUUUUUCUUCCUCGAACAAAAAAAAGACACAAAAACAGCAACAAAUAAAAACCUUAAAAUUCAACUUCACCCUCUUCAUGGAAAACUAAAACAAAACGCUUCCUGAUGGCAAAUGUGACCUUGAAAUGCAAGAAUCAUUCUCAAGUCUUCCCACCUUACUGAGUGUAAAGGUUCUUUAUUGAUGUAUUGUACUUUCUUUGGAAAAGACGAUUUUGUUUCUCUGUGCUGAGAUGAAUGUAUUAGCAUUGAAAUGUCAGAAACAAAGCAGGCUGUAGUCAAAGGGGAAACUUUCAGCCUCUAUCUCAAUCUGCUGUAAUGUGUAGGUCUGUCACUCAGCUCCUUCAUGGUGGCCUUUUCUGCUAAUUUUAAAAUCCUCUCGUGUCCCUGAUUUUAUUUUCAUGAUUAGUCAUCCCCCUGUUUGCAUAAAGGGCACAAACAUUCAGCAAUUCCAGCUGCAGAACCACAUGUUGGAUUGGAUUUAUUAAGUACAUAAAACAGCCGUUCAAGCCUUUGGAGGACUGACUCCACUCUAAAAGAAGCCAAUAACUGGAGCUGAGUUUCAGACCGACUUAAUGGGACUCAGAGCUGUUCAGCCCCGAACGAGGUGAAACUGAAACAAAAUGGCUACCAGGAAGUGAUGCAUUAUGAAACCCAGAAGGUGAGAGCAGCAAAGUGAUGUAUUACUGGAUGUGAAUGCAGGAGGAAGUGAUGUCUUGCAGGGUGUGGAGAAGAGCUAUGGCAUCCAUUGCAAAUUGGGCAGCAGUGUGUUAGAGUCCAUUGAUCGUUGGCAUAGUGCCAGAGGCAGGAGGUAUCCCAUUACUGCUGAAUGGCUUUAAAGGAGAAAACUACAUUAUUUCCACACAAGACUUCACACUGUUUCACGGCCCCCCGUGCCCCGCACAUACAAUAAUCUCCCGUUUACUAUACAUGCAUACGGAGAGAUACCACAAAUAUGUCUGACGACUUAGCAGACAGAUGGAGGAAUGUGUGCUUAGAUACUGAUUUAAUACUUACAUCUCUCAGAACCAUGUUCAUGCUUAAACUGCAGUAAUCACAUAUUGGAUAUCAUACAUCAUUUCAGUUUGCAGGCUUUUAUAACAGCUCUGUAUUUGUCUGGUUCUUUGCUGCUACAU